CGCCGAUCCCAUCCCACCACCUAGGGUUUCUCCUCGCCCGCCGUGAGAUAAGACCCCCUCACACCCCCGCACGAACGGCUUCUCCCUCCCCCAUACGCCGCCGCCGCCGCCCGCCCGCCCGCUCCGCCGCAGUUCUCCCAAGAUGGCGGUGCCUCUGCUGAAGAAGGCGAUCGUGAAGAAGAGGGUGAAGCACUUCAAGAGGGCGCACAGCGACCGCUACAUCGGCCUCAAGCAAAGCUGGCGUAGGCCAAAGGGUAUCGACUCCCGUGUCAGGCGGAAGUUCAAGGGAUGCACCUUGAUGCCCAACAUCGGGUACGGUUCAGACAAGAAGACAAGGCACUACCUGCCCAACAAGUUCAAGAAGUUCGUUGUCCACAAUGUCUCUGAGCUGGAGCUGCUCAUGAUGCACAACAGGACCUACUGUGCCGAGAUCGCACACAACGUGUCCACCCAGAAGCGCAAGGCGAUCGUGGAGCGUGCUGCGCAGCUCGACGUCGUGGUCACCAACAAGCUUGCUAGGCUCCGCAGCCAGGAGGACGAGUAAAGCAUUAUCUAGUCAACUAGUCUUGGUUGCUACCUUUGUAGUAGACAUUGCAUCCCUGUUUGAGAAGAAAAAUACUGCCAUUUUGCAAGAUUUCAUGUAUGGACCGCCUUUUUGGUGUGAGCAAUGGUGAAAUGUACUAUCUGGUUUUGUC